UGUGUGUGUGUGUGUGUGUGUGUGUGUAGGUGUGAACUGUGUCUGGUGAAGGAAAGCAUUGCCCAGACAAAUCGGUUGUGUGGAUCCUGACACCUUUUUUUUCUUCUUUCUAGAGGUUACAGGAAUAGACUUGUGUAGCGUAACAAGGGUUUUGGCUUGCUGCACCAAGUACAGACUCUUCUGAAUGUGCUUUUUGCAAACACCCUGCAUGUUUUGUGCGCAGCGGUUCAGUUGUGCGUCUGUGCAUGCGAGCUUGUGUGUGUGUGUCAGCGUGCAUUCCAUUAUUAUGCUGUUGAUUAUUAGGCCUCCUUCCUUCCACAUGGUCCCCUGGGGUACGUGUGAAUAAAUGCAUUCCGUGUGUUUCUCUGCGCGCUUUCAUAUUUGUCUUACGCCCGUGUAGAAGAUAUUUGCAUGAAAUGUUUGCGUCUGUGAGGGCUGUUCUCUCACGUCAGUACAUUGCGUCUUGUUUUGUCUGAUUUCUUUGUGCAUAUAAAAGUAUAUGAGAGCGUUUUGUGCGCCGCGCUUGUGUUUGAUUUAGACAUCAAUGGCUGGCGCUGUCUGCAUAGCGUCAUACUCAGAAUUCAUAUUUUCAUCCCUCUCAUAUACUCUCUGCGGCAGGCAUAUCACUGCACUUUAAUUGCCUUUGUGUAAAACACAGACUCGGCAACACACACACACACACACACCCACCCAUCCAGUGAAUUCCGCAUUUGCUUAUUAUCACACGUGAGGCGCGUGCAUGUUGCUAGUCGCAGCGUUCCAGACCCGUUUUUAAUGAAACUCAUUCGGCCGUUACUGUUCCGUUAUGUCAGGUGUAUUGGCUGGAGAACAGCAUCGCCGUAAACGUCGAUCAGUUCAUUCACAAUGGGACUGAAGAUCAGUGUACCAGCGUCUCCUGCCUCCCCAGCAGCCCCUGUGUUGGAUCAUACAGAGCUAGUGGGAUAUUGUUAAGUGAUUCUUUAUCAAAUAUUAAAAUGGAAGUGAAAGCAGCUGCUCGUGUUAGAGGGGACUGAAGAUUGAAGGCAGAUUGGCUGUCUCAGGCCAUCCAAAACGGAGUGUCUGAGGUUAUGGAGGAGGAAAGUAACUUAAAGAAACGAAAAAGCGAUCAACAAGGCAACCAGGGCUCUGAGACUGGUCAGGAGGUGGUGGAGAAGGUCAAAAAGCGACGGGGUCGCCCUCCUGCCGAGAAACUGCCACCCAACCCUCCCAAGCUCACAAAACAGAUGAACACCAUCGUAGACAUGGUCAUCAACUACAAGGACACGUUGGGCCGACAGAUCAGUAAAGGUUUCGUUCAGCUGCCCUCAAGAAAAGAGGUGCCAGAGUACUACGAGCUCAUCCGCAAGCCAGUCGACUUCAGGAGGAUCAGGGAGAGAGUACGUAAUCACAAAUACAGGUGCAUUGCUGACCUGGAAAAGGAUAUCAUGCAGAUGUGCCACAAUGCUCAGACAUUUAAUCUGGAAGGAUCUCAGAUCUUUGAGGACUCCAUUGUUUUGAAGUCUGUUUUUGAGAGUGCAAGACAGCGAAUAGUGGAACUCAGUGAGGAAGACAAUGAUGCUGUUGGAAGCAGUGAAGCAGAUGGUGGCCAUUUUUUAAAUCUAGAGCCUCCUGUUUCGGAAUCAACAAAUCCCAAGCUGGAUGAAAAAAAGGAGAAAAAUAGAAAAACCGCUCCUAGUAAUACCAGUUCAAAGGAAGUCAAAAACAGCGAUGAAGACCUUGGCAAAGAAUGCGAGAAUAACACAAGAGGACUAUUAAAUUAGACCCCAAAUGACAGUCUGAUAUAAAGAGCAUUGUAUGCCAUUUUAAGAACAUUGUAUGGCCAAUUCAGUCCAGUUUCCUUGAUGUUUCGGUCAAGGAAUUGCUCAGAAUGUGAUCUCUCAUUAUUAUGGUUGCUUAAAAUUCCUUUGUAAAACCUUUGUAUUCUAAAAAUAACAUUAAUGCAGUGCUUCUGCAGUGAUACAUCUGAAAUUGGAAUUGUUUUCAUGUAUUUAUAAAAUGUAAAUAAGUCAUAAACCCAAAAUAGAUAUAAAAUAUCAUGGUAAAAAAGGUCUGUAAGUUCGGACUGCCUGAAAACUUUCACUCUUUUUUUUUCCCCAAGGAUGGAGAAAUGGUGGUAUGGCAUAUUAUGAUAUUGUAUGAUCAUUUAAAUGGAUGCAUUCAAUCUUUCAAGAUGGUAUAAGCUGUGCUAAAUUUGCAAGCUAUUAUGUCUCUGUUUCAGAGAAUUUUUAAUCUGUGGUUUUUGUGACUGAGCACUUUGUCAUCCCUUCUUUGUACGUUUCCCUUUCCUUCAUUAACUGUUAACAUCUUUAAAAAAAAAAAAAAAAAAAAGAAAGAAAAAAAGGAACAUUUUUAUCCAGCAGCUCUUUAUCUUUCUUUAGUUAUCACAGGAUCGUAACUAUCUGUACGUAGAGGAGUUGGGCAUGAUGGCAAUGUGUUCUUUGGUGACAGAUCAGAUACUGCCCUCAAAGAGAGGCACCUAUUGAUGAUGCUGUCACGUUUGGGUGUUCAGUUUAUGAUGGAUGGGAGAAGUGGUGUGUUUGUGGACAGAUUCUGAAAUAAAAGUGUAUUGGGUUAUAUGAUGUGAAAAGGGCAAGUUUUGAGUCAUCAUAUUACAAAAAUAAACAUUUUUAUGAAAUCA